UUUGCUGAUAAUGCUGAUAGAAUAUUGGAUUAUUCUUAUGUUCCAAAUAAUCAGGAUAUUUUACAUGCAAGAGUUAAUACCAACGGACUUCAUGAAACUUCAUUCAAAUUCAAGGGAUUUGAGUUCACUGUAUUUGAUGUCGGUGGUCAGAAGACAGAUCCGAGGAAAUGGAUUCAUUAUUUUGAUAAUGUCUCAGCUAUGAUUUAUACAGUAGAUAUUAGUUGUUAUGAUAAUAGAGAUGCAGAUCCAAAUCGGUUAAUGCAGUCCUUACAGUUAUUUAGAAGUGUCAUCAGUCACCAAAUUUUUGAAAUAACCACCAUUAUAUUAUUUCUAAAUAAAACAGAUAUAUUUAGAAGUAAAAUACGACACAUUUCUCUUCAUUCUACAUUCCCGGAAUAUAACGGUACAGAUUUUGAUUACAAAGAAUCUUCUAGAUAUAUACAACUAUUAUUUACCGAGAGAAAUGUUGAUAGUCGUGAAUUCUAUAGUCAUUUUACGACAGCCACAAACAGUUCUAAUAUUAGAACCUUGUUUGAUGACGUCAUCUCCAUCGUUUUACAACAGGGUCUU